GUGGCGGCGGCGGCGGCUGCUCUGAGCCCUCCCCCUCGGCCCGGCCGCCAUGGAGCCGCGGCGGUGACAGCGCCGUCCCGCAGCGCCCGCCGUGAGCGGGGCCGCCGCGAGCCCGCAGAGAUGGAUGAACAAGAGGCCUUGAAGUCCAUCAUGAAGGACCUGGUGGCGCUGCAGAUGGGCAGGCGUCACCGCCUGCCUGGCUAUGACACCAUGAAGAGUAAAGACACUGCUCACUCCAACAAACAGAAGAAACACAAUGCCAGCAGUUCCCCCCUCUUGGGCAGCCCAGCAAUAAUGAACCAGUGUGCCUCUGCAGUGGAAGAAAAAAAAAUACCGAAUGACGUCAGGAUAAAGUUUGAACAUAACGGGGAGAGACGGAUUAUCCCGUUCGUCCGUCCCGUGCGCUACGAAGACGUGCAGCAGAAAGUGAAAACAGCUUUUGGGCAGCCCCUGGACCUCCACUACAUGAACAACGAGCUCUCCAUUCCUUUGAAAAACCAAGAUGACCUGGAUAAAGCUGUAGAUCUCUUAGACAGGAGCUCGAAUGUGAAAAGCCUGAGGAUACUGUUGCUGUCCCAGGACAGAAACCAUACCAGUUCUUCACCCCAUUCUGGACUGCCCAAGCAAGUCAGGAUUAAAACUUCCCAAUCUGUGGGGGAUGUGAGCACACCCUAUCAGCAGCCAGAACCCAGAAGCAGGCAUCUGUCUGUCAGCUCCCAGAACACGGGCCGGAGCUCGCCCCCGCCCGGGUACGUCCCCGAGCGGCAGCAGCGCAUCGCCCGCCAGGGCUCCUACACCAGCAUCCACAGCGAGGGCGAGUUCAUCCCCGAGACCAGCGAGCAGUGCAUGCUGGACCCUCUAAGCAGUGCUGAAAACUCGGUGUCAGGAAGCUGCCAGUCCUUGGACAGUCCUUCUUUUCGGAAGUCACGGAUGUCAAGGGCACAGAGCUUUCCUGAUAACAGACAGGAGUUCUCAGACCGUGAGAAUCAGAUCUACGACAAAGCGGGCAAGGGUGGGACCUACCCCCGGCGCUACAACAUCUCCAUGCAGCACAAGGACUACAACGAGGGCCGGAGGACUUUUCCCAGGAUACGACGCCACCAAGGGAAUCUCUUCACCUUGGUGCCUUCCAGUCGCUCCUUGAGCACCAACGGGGAGAACCUGGGCCUGGCCCUGCAGUACCUGGACCCCCGGGGCCGCCUCCGGAGCGCCGACAGCGAGAACGCGCUGGGAGUGCAGGAGAGGAACAUCGCCACCAAAUCUCCAAGUGCUCCCAUAAACUGGCGCCGAGGAAAACUCCUGGGCCAGGGCGCCUUUGGGCGCGUGUAUUUGUGCUACGACGUGGACACGGGCAGAGAGCUCGCAGCUAAACAGGUCCAGUUUGAUCCAGAGAGCCCUGAAACAAGCAAGGAAGUGAGUGCCCUGGAGUGUGAAAUUCAGCUGCUGAAGAAUCUCCAGCACGACCGUAUUGUGCAGUAUUACGGCUGCUUAAGGGACCGAGCAGAGAAGACCUUGACCAUCUUCAUGGAGUACAUGCCAGGGGGGUCAGUGAAAGACCAGCUGAAGGCCUACGGGGCCCUCACGGAAAACGUCACGCGGAAAUACACGCGGCAGAUCCUCGAGGGCGUCUCCUACCUUCACAGCAACAUGAUCGUGCACAGGGACAUCAAGGGCGCCAAUAUUCUCCGUGACUCCGCUGGGAACGUGAAGCUUGGGGACUUUGGGGCCAGCAAACGGCUGCAGACGAUCUGCAUGUCGGGGACGGGCAUCCGCUCCGUCACGGGCACCCCGUACUGGAUGAGCCCCGAGGUGAUCAGCGGCGAGGGCUACGGCAGGAAGGCGGACGUGUGGAGCCUCGGCUGCACCGUGGUGGAAAUGCUGACAGAGAAACCUCCCUGGGCAGAGUACGAAGCCAUGGCAGCGAUCUUCAAAAUCGCCACCCAGCCCACCAACCCCCAGCUCCCCUCCCACAUAUCAGAACAUUGCCGGGACUUCCUAAAGCAGAUCUUUGUGGAAGCCAGGCACAGACCCUCUGCUGAAGAGCUGCUCAGACACCAGUUUGCACAGCUCCAGUACUGAAUUACCUCCCUUGCUCGCAGCUCCUGCCGGGCUUCCCGUGCCCCGUCUCGUCUGGUUGCAACUGCCCGUUGUGGUGCUGCGUCUUCAGAAUGCCAACUCGGCUAGGCCCAGUCCUUUGGGGAGCUCUGCCGAGGAACUUGGGGUCUGCUCUCGUGCCUGAUUCCUUCCUUCGCUGGACUAACGUUCAUCCUGCCGCCGGCUGUCGAGCAGAGCUGCGGUUUCUGCCCCGUGCGCGCGGCGUUGCAGCCGGCUGCGUGUUUCCUGCGGGAACGGGAGCCUGACCUGUGUCCUCGCUGACCGAGCACAGGAGAGAUCUGAACCCAAGUGGAGAGCUGGAAGAGCAAAACAGACAUGCACGGGCCUCCAGACCAGCUCUGCGUGUGGGGGUCCCUGGUUUUCCUCUGCUGGGGCUCAGAGGCGUCUCCAGUACCUGAAUCCAGCAAAAGCCAUGUGUCGUGGAGCGGCUGCUCGCUGUAGGGUGGUUUAUUUUUUUUUUCUUCUCGAGUAUUCAGCAUCCGAAGGUGUUGAGAAAAUAAUUGAUUCAAAAGUAUGCGAAUAGCGUUAUUUUAUAAAGGAACCCGUGGAUUUGGGGCUGGGGGUGAGGGAGGUCUUUCCAGCUAAUUGUCAGGGUAAGGAGAGAAGUUUCAGCAGGAUGCAAUCGCUGCAGGGCCUGAGGGAGGGGCUCUCCCACUGGCGUUGGAAAAUCCGGAGCUGAUUUCCAAAGUUUGAGCUGUCCCGGCGUUAGGACGGCGUCAGUUUGUGUCGUACCAAACAAAUCUGUGCUCCUGCUUCCUCUCUCUGGGGCUGCUGGCUCCGAGCAAAACCCCUCUGGAAGGGAAUUCGGUGGAAUUCAGCUUCCUCCUGCAUCUGUCUCUUUGGCUGGUAACUUUUUACCAUCCUUUUAACCAAAGAUAGUCCAUCUGGUGCCCAGGAAUUUACUUCAGAGUUUCUCUGAGCACGUGGCCUGAUGGAAAAUUGAGGGUUUCUUGGGGAGAAUUACCUGGACACUCGCUCUUCCAGGAGCUGGAAUCGAGCUCAACCUUUGCUGUGCGUUGUCUGAGUUACAGGUGUGCAGGUGAUCAUUUAAGAGCUCCAUCAAGAGGUUACAGCCCAACUUAAAUAAGCUUUUGUAGGAGUUAAGUCAAGCAGGGAACCCGAGAAAACGUUUUAAAUGGCAGCAAAUAUCUAAAAUUGCCUGGAGAUUCCCAUGGAAAACAUAUCCAAGUGAUUGUGGACUUGGAAGAUGUCACAAGUCAGAGGAGUCAGGCCUCAAAUCCUCUGUGCUGAUUUGGGCACUAAUAAUCUUUAUUUCACUCAUGAAAGACCAGCAGUUUUUAAAUGCUGGGGCUUCGUGGAGUGAUUACGUUAUCUCUGAGAAGUGAAACGAAGAAAAGCAAACGUUAAUUAACUAAAAUAGUGCUUUAUAGGGCAACACUGAAGGGGUUCUGCUCUUGUAUUGGAAACCAUAUUAAGGUUCCUCACACCUCCACUCUUCUCCCCCAUAAAGAAUUGAAAGUUGCUUCAUAAUGCAGUAAAAUUAAGUUUUUAAGUGAAUAGCAGGAUGAGGCAAGUUUUAAUGAAGCCAAACUCCUUCAACACAUGAAAAACACUGUGUUGAAUUAAAAGAGGAAAAAAAGAACCCUAAAAGCCCCAACCCACCAAAAGUCCUGAAAAGCUUUAACAACACGAAAUGUUUUUUUUUUUCUGUGCCAAACCCAGAGCAAAGUGUAACCUAUAGAAGCUGGUGUUGGUUUCCUUUCCAGGCUCCCUGCACUACUCCAAGGAUGCACUGUCCCGCUGGUGGGCACUUAGGGCAUCCCUUUUACAAAAACCCUUCUUCCAUAAUUUAUUUCAUUACAGUGAGAGCACUUCAGCUGAUCUUUUCCCAGCCAGGAAUUGUCCAGACCCUUGACCUGACUUCUGCCCGCACUUCACUCUUGGCACGAGGGGAAGGGAGGGUGUGACGCUCCUGCUCUGAGUGAGGGGAGCUUUUCACCCCUUCUUUGCUGGGAAUUUGGGAUCAUCCCUGCAGUCUGGAUGACAAAAGCAGCGGGCUCAGCACCGGGCUCAGCUCUUCAAGCCUUGCAACCUGAAUAUACCAAAGAUUGGAGUCUUCAGGCGCCGCCCAUCACCUGCAGGGAUCAGCAGCACGGUGACAUCUGUGUGAGGGUUCCGCUCCAUCCCUGCCUCGUCCUCACCAAAUCCAGACCUUCUCCCCUGGCUUUGUUUUGUUUUUCUCUUGCCCUCCCCACACCCUGUGAUCCGGGAGAGAAACAGGGGCGCGAGGAGCCGGCGGAACUUGAGUCAGAGCAGCUCAAUCCUCAGGACCCGUUGUUGUGGCUUCUUUUUGUUUUGUUUUGUUUUUUUACCUCACCCUCAUCACGGGAGGCUCUUCCAGAGCGGAGCAGGAGCAUCCAGGACUGCUGGGCUCCGUGCUGGAUGUGCCCCUCUCUGCAGAGCCCUGCAUCCCAGCUGUCCUGGCAGUCAGCAGUUGUACAGCGACAGAGAACACGGGGCCAGCUCGGGCUGGCGCGUUCGGCACAGGAACAAGCCAAAGCAUUACCUGUAUGUUCGGAGAUGCACUUUUCUGAAUGUAGUUUAUAUCGCUCUUUUUUAGCUCUUUUUACAUCAUGUUAAACGGUGAUGCCUCAUAAUUUUUUUUUUUUUUUUUUUUAAUUUAUAUCGUAAAAAGAUCAUAUUUGGUGAUUUUUAUAUAUAUCGACUGUUACGGGGUUGGGGUGGGUGGCGGGAGGGAGGUGGGGAAAUGAAUUUGACGCCUUUAUGGAUUUAAAAAAGGAAAAAAAAGCAGCUGGUUUUGCAGAGAAUUUGCUGAUGGUUUAUAAUGAGUAGAGCCAAGCCAAAAUGCCUCUUUGUUUCCUCACGGCCCUGUUGAUUAUGGAAAAGGAAGAUCUGGAUUCCUGAGUCCGCUGCUCCAAUGAAUAACUUGGGGCUGACAUUGAUACCGCAGGCUUUUAACAGCCCUGGCACUAAAAAGAGUUUCGAGUGGACAGAAAUGUAAUUAUACCUCAGAAUUGAAUUAUAUCUGGCCUCUUAAUCCUGGCAGACUGGGAAAAAAAAAACCCUGGGAAUAAAACUCAUUUAGGGGAGAGCGGAGGAGGAGUGCCAGACUGACAAUAAGCUAUUGUGUCAAUUCCGAAUGUCCUGGUGGAUUUCCUGCUGUUCCUUCCAGGGAGGGGUAUAUUGGGAAUAUUGGGUAUUGGGAUCCCUGGUGGAAGGUGCUGCAGAAAUGGAGAAUGUUCUCUUAAAGAAUUUCUUAGCAGAGUCCCAGUAUCCUGAAAUGGUUAAAAAUUAAUCAGAAAAAUGUCCGAGAUUCCCGCUGGAGAGGAAUUUGGGGGAAUUUGGCUGUCCCUGAGGUAGUUAGGAAACAAAGUAGUGACAUUUUGAUCUUGGUGUGACGAUUCUGUGCAUUCCAGGUUAUUUGCUUGUUCUCCAGAAAAUCCCAUCUUUGCCCAUUCUAGUGGCAGUUCGUUUGCAUCAGUUUGGAUGGGUUUUUUUGGGUUGGGUUUAUUUUUUGCCUCAUUUGGAAUAAUAUUCCAAAGGACUUGAAGCUGCUCCAAAGAGUUCCCAUUGGCACCAGUUACCGACACAGAUUGACCAGGAGGGAAAAGGUGUGCCAGGAGCGGUUCAAGAAGGGAGAAAAGGAUUUUUUUGUCACCAUAAAUGAUGCAAAGCAGGGAGAAAGGGCUUUAACCUGGAUUGUGCAGGAGACCUUGACCCAGUAGUCUCUAUUUACCGACCGGGGGCUUGCAGUGCAAAGCCAGGCCAAUGUAUCAUUUUAUUUACAAUAAAAUUAUCAUUUAUAUG